AUGUCUAUCAAUAACUUCAAUCAAUAUAAAAAUAAAGAAGCAGGAGUAAUAGAAACUAAUCCUAAACAACGACCUAAAAAUGUUAAUCGAGUUUCAUCAAUUCCACAAGCUGAUAAAUGGAGAAGUAUAAUAUUAAGUGAAAUAUCAUCAAAAUUAACUCAAAUAAAUGAUUCCACAACAAAUGAUCAAAGAUUAAGAGAACUAAAUGAUGAAUUGAAUAAAUUAUUUAAAGAGAAACGAUCAUGGGAAUAUAGAAUAAAAGAACUUGGUGGAAAUGAUUAUAUACUAGCUACUAAAAAUGAUAUGAUUCAUUCUGGUAUAAAUUUAGCAGGUUGGAGAUAUUUUGGAAGAGCAAAAGAAUUACCUGAUGUUAAAAAAAUGAUUGAAGAUAAACAAAAGAAUGGGAAUGACAAAAAGAAUAAGAAACCUCAUAAAAUAAAAUUAGAUGAUGAAUAUUUUGGAAAAAUUGAAGAUUCUAAAACAUUAAUUGAUUAUGAAACAGAGAGGACUAAAGAAAAUGGUUAG